UCAUCCGCCGGGCCGCGUCCCCCGAGCGGGCCAUCUUGGUCGCGGCAGACGGAGCCGCGGAGGAAGCCGCGGAGACCCCAGGGCGCGGGACGAGCGCAGCCGCCAGCCCGGCCGCCUUGGCCUUGCGAAGCCUGCAGAGGAGCCGCCGCCUCCGCCGCCGGGGCCUAGACCCGCGGGGCCCGGGCCCGCGCUGGGCGCCUCUGCCCGGCCGCUCCCUGCUCUUGCACCCGGGUCCGCAGAGCCUGGUUCCAGCCCGCGGCUGGCCUGGGGCCGGCAUGGUCCAGCCGCAGACGUCCAAGGCCGAGAGCGCGGCCCCCGCGGGCGCCCAGAUGGACGACGUCAUCGACACCCUGACCUCCCUGCGCCUCACCAACUCCGCGCUGAGGCGGGAGGCCUCCACGCUGCGGGCCGAGAAGGCCAACCUCACCAACAUGCUGGAGAGCGUGAUGGCCGAGCUCACCCUGCUACGCACCAGGGCGCGGAUCCCGGGCGCGCUGCAGAUCACCCCGCCCAUCUCUGCGAUUACCUCGAAUGGGGCUCGACCCAUGACCACACCGCCGACCUCUCUGCCUGAGCCCUUUUCCGGAGACCCAGGCCAGCUGGCGGGGUUCCUGAUGCAGAUGGACAGAUUCAUGAUCUUCCAGGCCUCCCGCUUCCCAGGCGAGGCCGAGCGAGUGGCCUUCCUUGUGUCCCGACUGACUGGGGAGGCAGAGAAGUGGGCUAUCCCCCACAUGCAGCCUGACAGCCCCUUGCGAAACAACUAUCAGGGGUUCCUGGCAGAGUUGCGGAGAACCUACAAGUCUCCACUCCGGCAUGCGCGGCGCGCCCAGAUCAGGAAGACUUCGGCGUCUAACAGGGCUGUGCGAGAAAGGCAGAUGCUGUGCCGCCAGCUGGCCGCCGCAGGCACAGGGCCCUGCCCUGUGCAUCCAGCCUCAAAUGGGACUAGUUCAGCUCCAGCCUUGCCCACCCGAGCACGGAACCUUUAAGAACCUGCCGCCACCCUGGUACAUCUGCAGCCAUCCAGGUAGCAUACGCUCUUUGCUGCGUAGAAGAAAUGUCCAUACAACAACAUCGCCCCUGUUUGAAGACGUCCCUUCCUGCCUUUCCAGACCAUUUCAUGAGGAGACCCUCCUUCCCCUUCUCUUGGGCGUCCUGGUUACCGCCUUGCUGUGCUUCUGUUACCGUGUGCUGGUUUUGCAACUGCAGCUUGAUGCAUGCUCCCCUUUCUCUUGCUAGCUUCCCAGCUACUCUCAUGACUACGGCCCUGCUGCUCAGGCACGCCAACCCGGCAGCACCCUCACAGACCAUGUGGGCUGACCCCUCCCAGCCCGACUCUGUUUUCGGAUGCUCUUACUCCACCUUCUGCAAGCCCCCGUGGCAGUUUCCCACCUGGUUGCCCUGUUCUCGCUGAUGAGCUCUGGAUGGGAAGAAGCCAGUUUGACCAGGCUGGUGCCUUGAUGUGUGUACCUGGAGAGGGGGUCUAGCUUUUCACCCGCAGAUGAUCACCAGCCCUGCCAGGGCCCAGUGUAGCGGGUAGGGGCUUCAUCUCUGCUGUCUGUGGCCAAGCAGUGACUGCUGGGAGGGAAGUUAAAGGGUCUCUGGGGGCCGGCCUCACUCAACACAUGCACGUGCACUCCAGCAUGCCCCAUUGCUGCUGCUGGGAAGGACUGACAAUGCAGCUCAAGGGAGAGGCUGCACCUCUGUUUCUGUGUGGCUUUAGCUGCUGGUGUUCAGAUAGCGCCAGGUAUUUGGGGAAUGUGGAACUUGCCUGCUAAAUCAGGUCAUUGUGAACUUUGGCCUCCUGGGCAGUUUCAUCAGGCUGCCGGGCACAUUCUCUGAGAGCCACAGUAGGCAAGGGGCGGACACUAGUGCUCACUCUGCUGUCCUGGAUCUCCAGUGGGAAGCACCACAAGCUGCUAAUGGUCAGUCGCCCCUCCUCUGCCCCUUGUCACCUUGCUCAAGACCUGUUACUUUACCCAUUCAGGUGCCAUGUGGCCUUCACCUUGGCCCUUCAGCUGCCCACACCAUCUCUAGGUCUCCAAAGAUGCCAUGUAGCAUGUCCUCCGCAUGCGUGGGCUUUCAGAUGUCCAGCCUUUUCCAAGAACAAAGAGACUCCCUCUUACACUGGAGACCCAGCUCCUCUGGGAAACAGCAUUAAGCCAGGAGCGUGUCUGCCUCUGGCAACACCAGCCAGGGUCUCCGGGCAUUUAUAGAGGCAAAGAGCUGUGGCUACCAGGUUCUAAUGUGGUCACAGUGCAGAACUGGCACACGUCCUAAUUCUGAGGGACAAAGCCUCUUAUGGGGGACAGCCUUGUGCUUCCUCAUGGGGACGUCCAAGAAACCACUUGCUACCUGAGACUUGGCCAAGCCUUUUGGACUGUGAUGUUCCUGCCAUAUUUCAAUGCCAAAUGAACCGCAUUUACAUGACCACCUGGGCCAUGGGGGAAGACGGGGUGUCUUACCCCGGGUUCAUCUGUCCAUGUCAAAUGGCCUGGGCUAGACUGCAGAACUAUAACCUCUGCACCUACCCAAGACGUGUAUAUGUCUUGGGAUCCCAGAGGUUGCAUCCUGGGACCCAUCCUCUUUUCCUGAGAGUUUUGAUGAUGUUGGGAAAAGUGACUGCGAUUCUGAAGCAAACACUGCCUUGCACGGUCAAGGAUAUUCAGUGGUUGCUGAGGUUCGUGGGCACUGCCACCCACUCAUGGUAAACUCUGUUAGCCCAAUUGCCCUGCUGAACAACUGCCAGAUUCCAGCCUUCAGGUUCCCCUGGACUCCAGCCAAGGCUGUUCAGGUGGGACUAUGGUGCUCAAUAAGCAUGAAUGGAGGGGGGACACAGAGGGGCCACCAUUCUGGGGGCGGGAGUGGGACUGCUGAUGGGAGGUGUACAGAUCACUUUUUCUUUGUGCUCAGUUCUCUUCUGUCUCCAGCAGGUGUUUGGUAAGCUGGGUAGAGGUGCCCCCAGGUGAAGGGGUAAAGGGGCACCUGGGGAAGAGGAGGCCUGCAGGAAGGUUUCCAGUUGGCUCAGCCCAGCCAGGGUAGGAGACCCAGCAUGGAGGCAGGACAGGAACUCUGCUAUCUCGCCAACCCCUGUUUCUACCCAAGUGGCUUUUUGAAGGUGCUGCUAUGUUUGCAUUAGGUGCCGGGUCUGAGAGUCAUGCCGCAGCAUACACCAGGACCAGAGCCAUGGAGGCGAGGCCCGCCACCCUUCCUGUCUGCAUCUGGGACCGGGCCCUUUCCCUUGCAUAUGGGUUGUUGUGCGCACUCCAAGCUGCUGCCCCAGCUGUGCCUGGCUUGCUGACCUAACUGUGUUUCGUUUCUCUGUGCUUUCGUUGUGGGCUUGGGGUGAGACCUUCUUGAUAGCUCCCUGCAACUUUGGAACAUGGAGCAGAUGAGAGAGAGGUCAGGGCUUGCCCUCCACAUUGGACUUGCAGAAGCCCACUGGAAGGAACGAGCCCAGCGUGGCUCUAGUGGGAGACACCUCAGUCUCCAGCUGAAGAGGGGGAUACCCGAGUCCCAUGCAGCCCUGGAGGGAGACCGCAAUGACUGGGAGGAUCAAGCUGAAAAGGAGGUGGGGGAAGGGAGAUGCUUUGUACAUAUUUUGGGGUUAUAAUUUCUCUAAAUUGUAAGUGAACAGGUUUUGAUUUAUAAAGGGACAGGCAGUAGUUUAAACAAUGCAUGUGAGAAAGUUUUAUAUGUUCUCCAUAGUGUGGACAUUAUUUGGAUGAUAUUGUAACUACUUUCUGGUCUACAUGACACCCCAUCUGGUAAGUAAGCUUCACUGCAUACCAGGGCUUAAUUGGAGAUGGGAUUUAGUAUAGAGGUGACUUCUUGGCCUAGUAUGGGAUUAACUUAAGUCCUAAAGCAUUUCAGAAACAGCAAAGACUCAUUCACUGGCCCCAGGUAAGUAUAUGACAAGUAAGUAAUGGUGAGGGUGGAAAAAUAGCUGUGAAGGUGCGGUGGGACCAUCCUGACACGCAUGCUCUUGUUGUCAAUGGACAGAGCCACUGCUGGACGAGGGCGACCUUGGUGGUUCAGCCCGUUGAGAAUGAGCGAGUGUGGGGAGAGCUGGGCCUAUGCUGAGGUUAACUUAGGGAGCGAGCCCUGGGAUUGGGCCAAAGGACACAUGCUGGGGCCACCUACUGGGGGCAGAGCUUUGGGUGGGAAGAGGGAAGUCUUGCGGAGCCCCUCCAUCUUGCAACCAGCUCAGUAAGAUCUGGCUCACCUCUGCUUGGGAAACAAUAGUUUAGGGACGUAGAGAGGAAGGCACAAGAUGGGGCUCCUGGGGAAAGGAAGCAAGAGCAGACUGUUGGACCAACAGAAAAUGCUUCCCGGCAUAGAGGAGGACUUUCGGGUGCAGGGCAUUCCAUAAUCCACGGUGAGUGUACAUGGAACUAGCAUCUACCAUGUGGUCAUCUUGGGGACCUCAUGCUGGAUGUGGUGGCACUUGGCACAGAAUGGAUGCAGUAGAGGAGAUGGGAGGAAACCCAGCUUCCCACUUCCAAUCACAAACACCUUUCUGAGAGCAGGCAACAAAACGUGCUAAGUCUUUUCAGUAUCCAUGUAAUCCUACGUGCUAUAGAAAUUUUGGAAAAUCAAGUAGAGGAAAGAAAAAUAAAAUUUUAACAUUUUGGUGUCUCUUUUUCCAGGCUCCCCCCUCCCCCCACCUUAAUUUCUUGGUAUUUCAAAUUAAUGUAGUUAGGAUCCUACCUUCUGUAGUGAUACAAUUUUGUGUAGCUGUUUUAAUUGCACAUAUCCUGGGCAUUACUCCCAUGCUGUUGCUAACUUUAUUUUGAAAUGGCCGUGUACUCUUCCAUCAGGUAGGUGGACAGUAGUGCCAAUUGUUGGUCACGAAUGCUGUUACUAAUUUUUCACUGUUAAAAUUGAUGGACAUAUUUGUGCAUAAGGCUUUUUCCCAAUGUCAAGUUAUUUCCUUAGGAUAGGUUCCCAAAGGUGGGAUUAUUAAAGAGUAUGAAAACCUUUGAGGCUUUUAUUACACACUGAUGAAACAGUUUGCAGAAAUGUUUAUAUGCAUUUCCACUACCACCAGCAAGGAUCACUGUGCCCAUCUUGCCAGUAUUGGGUGUUGUCAUCUGGUGAAAUAUUUGCUAAUUUGAUAAUGAAAAAAAUAGUGUUGUGUUUUAGUUUGCAUUCUUUGACUUCUAGCACAGCUGGACAUCUUUUCAUGUCGGGUGGUUGUAUUUCCUAUUUUGUGGAUUGCCAGUGUCCUUUGCUCAUCUCCUGGGGUCUGAUCAAUUUGUAUGAGCGUGUGAUAUAUUAAAGAUAUUAACCUUGUGCCUG